AUCAAAGAAUAUACGAUAUCGAGAUAACUAGGCAUUCAGACAUCGAUAGAAUCGCUCUCCGUGGGCUAGGUAAAGGAAGCUAGCAAAUACAAAAGAGAUAAAGUAUCAACUCUUCAGAUAAUAUAAUUGUCAACAUUUUAGCUUCGAUGUCACUACAGGUGCAUGUAAUAGUGGAAGGACUAAGCAACAGCCACUACUACUGAGAGAGGUUAUCUGGUAUCGGCAAGUGUGCUGUGCACGCGCGAAAGAGCUAAUUGGAGAUCAAGUUUGAAUUCUGGAGACGAUCGCCUACAUCUACACAUUUUGAACUUUGGUGGAACUUAUUGUGUGUAGUGCAGACUUAUCGAAAACCCUAACCCAGCAAGGGCAGAGUAUUCUAGCGUAGACAAAACUGAAAUCUGUCGAGCAAAAGAAAAAAAGGAGAUAAAGUGCAUGAAGACCAGUGGUUUGGUUUCCAUUGCAGGGAAUCUCGACUCUUGAGAAAACAAGAACAUCAUACUGACAUCGGCAAAAUUUUCAUGUAUGCACGUCGAGUGUAGCCAAAAGAGAUAACGUUUGAAUUUGUUGAUCACCUCGAUAUGAGCUUUGACCUGUGAGAUAGAUCUCAGCGUUCAUUCGGAAAGAAAACACACAAGGCUACUAUAUGCAGUAUCGAAUUUUGAUUUCUAUCUGAACGUAACUGAGACCUAGAAUCAUAGCGCAGUACUGCCAGUGAGAACAGUUCAACCUUGUGUCUUCGUCGUUCUUGCGUCUGCAUUGGUUUAUCACGCGGUCGAGCGUUUCACAGGAGGUGAAGGGUUUGGGAGACGUUCUUGAAGAUGACGGAGAAGAUGGAUAUAGAGGUUGUGAGGGACUGCUUCAAGGCAGCCAAGAAGGAGGAUGGGACCAUCAAUAUUGAAGACAUUAUGAGGGGAUAUGAGGAGAUUGCAAGACUUUACGACAUGAUGGGUUCUCUAUUUACCUUCGUAUCAAAGGACAUGCGUUAUCGCCUCAAAGCCUUGGAGACCCACCGCUCCGAUGACAGCCUCUCCGCCAACUACCAAACCGUCCAAGCCGUCCUCGACUACGAAACCUCGAACGGCAUCAAACGGAAGUCCAAACGCGGCGGCCUGUCCGGGAACCGCGCCCUCCACGAGAUGCAUUUCGACAUCGAAUUCUUCAUCGAGAUGUUCAUCACCUUGGCAGCGGGCAACGACGAGAGCAAAUGCUCCGAGCUGUCCCGCCAGGCCUUUGACAAGACGCUCAGCAAUAACGUGAACUUCGCCGUGCGCCAGGCGGCGCGUCUGGCCAUGAAGUGGUUGCCGACCCGGAAGGAGUUCAUUGAUAGUUAUCUGAAACAGGACACUGCGCAGGCGCUGGAGCUGAUCGAGCCAACCACUACUAUCAUGAAGCAGGUUUACAACAUCAUGGAAUCGGGAUUUAAAAAGCAUAAUAUAAAGAAUUAACACUAAUAGCCUAAUUGUAGAGGAGUAAAAUGCUGAGAAGUAAUUGUGAGUAAAUUGACAAGGAAGAAAUGAACUACUGUAUACAUGGUAUAGUAGGUGCCACGGUACACCAUGUAUCUUUCUUGGGCAAGUGUUGGUCCCGAAAAGGACCAUCCAAACUCUUGCCCAAGAAAGAUACAUGGUGUACCGUGAAAUCUACUACACUAUUCUUCUUCGCCAUGGAAACCUUCAGAAAUUACUAAGUAAUGAACUGUAAAUUGCAUGACAAACAACUAACUUGGCGUCUAUUUACAGUCUACCAUGUCUACUUGAAGAUUUAUUGAAUCCUCUAAAAGUAAUGCAAAUCACUUGUUCAUUUCGGUUCUAAGUCACAUGUAUACAUGCUAAACAGUUUGGUAAGAUGUGAAAUAAAAACGUGCUUUGAUUGUCAUUAUUGAAAAAA